GGUGGUUGGGAGAACUCGCAGUACUUCACUUUGUUGACAGCGGAUCACCCACGUAGGACUAUUCUUAUCAAUAACAUUAUUCAUGUUAUCAAGAAAUACAAUUUCGAUGGGGUCGACUUGGAUUGGGAAUAUCCAGUGACAGGAGGAUCGGUCGAGGGAACUCCGGCCGAUCGAAGAAACUAUGUACAUUUGAUGAGAGAACUGCGCAAUAGACUGAGAGAGAUAGAAGAGCAAACUAAUAGACAGACAGGCUACUUGAUUUCCUUUGCUGGAGCAGCUGGACAUUGGGUACUCAAGCCAGGUUAUGAUCUCGUCCAGUUGGUUAAAUACGCCGAUUUUGUGAAUGUGAUGUCGUACGACUACUUUGGAGCAUGGCAGUCGAAAUGGGGCGCGUUUACCGGACCACCUGCACCGCUGUACUUUGCAACGCCUAAGGGGAUAAAAUACGGAAAAGCAGGCCCCAAUUUAUUUGUAAUUAUUGAAGUAAAGAUCAAACUAGACCUACCUAGGUUCUCCGGUCGUAUGAAUGUGCACGCUACCAUGAAAUACUAUAGUUGCCAGAUCAAAGCCACAAACAAGCUUAACAUGGGCGUUCCAUUUUAUGGCCGUUAUUGGCACAAUGUUGGUGAUGCUGCCGAUCCCAACGAUGAAAUGUGGAGAACAGCCACACCUAGCGAUGGUCUCACCAAAUUUGAGGGAGGUGAUGUAAAAUGGCGUCAACUUCAUCAAAAAUAUGAUGUGAAGCGAGCGAAAUUCCACCAAGUAGCAAAAAGUCCAUUUAUAUGGUUGCCGGAAAACAAGACAUUUGUAGGAUUUGAGAACCCAGAGAGUCUCAAAUAUAAGGUGGACUAUAUCAUUGAAAAUGAUCUUGGUGGCGUUAUGGUGUGGGCCAUAGACUUCGAUGAUGAUGAGCUUACCAUGCUAAAAACUGUUACCGAGAAGGGCGAGCUAUGCAUCCGCAAUGGACAUCCGAAAGGUAUGGCGUACAAAUGCUCGCCUAUAAACGAACAGCGCUGGUGGACCUAUGAUGAUGGAGAGGAACUAGCCGGAAUGUGCGGCAAAUCUGCGCCAUUGUACGAUGGCUACUAUCCUGUUUGUGACCCGGACGAUCCCGGGCACGCCUGUUGCGGGAAGUUCGGCUACUGCGGCUCUGGACCGGAGUUCUGCAGCUGUCCCGAAUGUGUAGACUACGGUGCUGAUCCCAUGUUGAUUCUGAAGGAGCCAACGAAACCUUCACAAGCAAAAAUCACUUGGUACACCUCAGAUGCACCAGAUGGCAAACGAGGACGAUGUGGGCGCCAAAUUCCUCCAAUUGAUGGUGUGAUCCCAACUUGUAAUCCUGAUGAUGAAAAUGCGCAUUGUUGCAGCAAUGGUGGCUAUUGUGGGAACAGCAAGGAUCAUUGCGAAUGUGUUGGCUGUGUGGAUUUCUCUAAAACUAGGGAUUUUGUAUACAAACCGCUGGAAUGGUGGACAUACGCGGAAAAUCCCGCAAACGUCGGUAAGUUGAAGGAGUUUGAUAAACUGUGCGGAUAA